CGCUGAGCACUCACCCAGGUACGCCGCUGCCUCUGCCGGCUCCUUUGGCCCCCAGCUCUGAGCUCGGGCUCUGGGCUCUGGGCUCCAGGCUCUUCCAGGUCGCCCAAGAUGAAGGCCGUGGUGCUCACCUUGGCCGUGCUCUUCCUCACAGGGGGCCAGGCUCGGCACACCUUGCAGCAGGACGACCCCCAGACCCAAUGGGAUAGAGUGAGGGAAGCAGCCAGCGUGUAUACGGACAUGUUGAAAGAAGGUGGCAAGGAGCUCGUGUCCAGGAUCGAAGCCUGCGAACUGGCAAAAAAGAUGAACCUGAAAAUCAUGGACAACUUGGACACCCUGGGUGACAAUAUCACCAAACUGCGCGAUCAGCUCUCCCAGAUGAUGACCCAGGAGUACUGGAACAGCCUGCUGACCCAGGAUAUGAACAAGGACCUGGAGCAGGCGAAGGAGAGGGUGACGUUCUACCUGCAGCAGCUGAGGGAGAAGCUGGGCUCGAAGUUGCGGGAGGGCGCGAGCAUGUCCGUGGAGAAGCUGCUGGAGCGCUACGGCGACCAGAUGCCCAAGGACCUGGCCACACAGCUGCAGGCGCUGCAGGAGGGCCGAGUGAAUCUGAGCGAUCUGCGGGUCCAGGCGGGCAAGAAGCUGAGCGAGAUGCACAAGAAGGCGGGCGAGAAGCUGCGUGAGCUGCAGGUCAAGCUGUGGGAGAAGCUGAGCAAGCUGAGCGAGAACCAGGAGCCGCUGGGGGGCCUGCUGGAGGACCUGCGCUCGGGAAUGCUGCCCGUGUUGGGGAGCCUCCUGCUCCCCGAGGAGGGGGCCGGCCAGUGA